CACAGGAGGAAACAUAAACUAAACUAACAUUAUGUACACCUGUACUGUAUCACUAAAUUCUUAAUCUAUAUAGCGACGUUUGUGACUAGCUUAACCUUUAUUAUUUUUCAGUGUGACAGCAACAUCGCGAAGCAGUUAUUUUCCGCAAUAUUUCAAGGCGUUUUCUCUCAGAUGGACGAGAAUUUGACAGACACGCAGGCAGAGGAGACAUUUAGGGAUAUCCAGGGAGCAUUGAAUAACAUGAUGACGUCAUCGUUGCAAUAUUUCCCACCUUUUAUUUCCUGUGUCCAGGUAGAUUUGAAACUUAAAUUUUAUCGUGGUAAUGCACGAUAGAAAGGAUUCAAUGCAUAGUUGACCACGAUGGGAAGCGAACCCGCGACAUUUGGUUUGAGGUCAAGUCCGUUCGAUUAGGUGCUAUAUUACACACAUAAAAACGCACAAGUUGUCACAGGUCUGCAAACAAGUUGUUACAAAUCUGUUCACAAGCUGUCGACAAGUUGUGUUCGCACUGCUUGUUCCCAGUUGUUGUAACAAGUUUGGAACAAGCUGUUGACAACUUGUAACAAGUUUGGUGGCAUUAUCAGACUUGUAGCAAAGUUGUUCUAACAAGUCUGAUACAGUCAUGAUAUAACAAGAAUGUUACAAGAUUGACGGUACAAGAUUGUAACAAUAUUGUUAUAUGAUAACUGUGUCGGACUUGUUGGAACAACCUUGCAACAAAUACGAUAAUAUCAACAAGGUUGUUACAAGUUGUUAACAGCUUGUUCCAAACUUGUGGACAACUUGGACAAACAGUGCGAACAAAACUUGCUGACGGCUAAUUGUUGGCAGACUUGUUACAAGAUGUGAGAUUUUUACUGAAUCUGAUUCUUUCGAUAUUUAUAUGUACCCUAUGAUUAUGAAUGUGAUGAUUGUGUUGUACAUGCUCAGGUGAAGAUAUUUAAUGGGUAUUGUAGAUGGAAAUUGUCGAGUGGAAAUUUAUAUACAUUUAUUAGACAGAACAGGAACAGAAGCGAAAAAUGCAACUUUCAGUCCCUGGCGGGAAUCGAACCUGUGACCCUGAGAUUCCGGUGCAGCGCUCUACUACUGAGCUACAGAGUCCAGUUGUCGAGCUCUAACCAACUGAGCUACAGAGUCCAGUUGUCGAGCUCUAACCAACUGAGCUACAGAGUCCAGUUGUCGAGCUCUAACCAACCGAGCUACCGAGUCCAGUUGUCGAGCUCUAACCAACUGAGCUACAGAGUCCAGUUGUCGAGCUCUAACCAACUGAGCUACAGAGUCCAGUUGUCGAGCUCUAACCAACCGAGCUACCGAGUCCAGUUGUCGAGCUCUAACCAACUGAGCUACAGAGUCCAGUUGUCGAGCUCUAACCACAAGUUCAAGUUCAUACCCCAUUACAUUCAUAAUCACGUAACAUACACUGAUAUCGAAGGAACUAAGAAGAGUUCUGAAAUAUUGCCCACUCGAACCUACUUGACCUCGUAGCUCUGUUGGUAAAGCAUUGAACCAGAAAACCAAAGGUCGCUGGUUCGAUUCCCACCGUGGUCAAGCAAAAUUUUCAUUUCUUUCGGUGUGAGUACACUUAGAGAGCAUCAUCACAAAUUAAAUUAGAACUGAAUUUUUCAUCGUUUUAUUUAGAACGUGUGCUAUAAUGAAGGAAAAUUGUCCCUGGAAGCUGGCAAAGUGACAACAAUCUCGAUCGGAAGUCUACAACAACCUAUUGGUGUGUAUUUGGUCACUUAAUAUGUAUGGUCAUCCCUGAUUAGUUUAGUGUUAGGAAGAAUGCUCAACUAAACUAACUUUGUACUGGAUGCUUCUGUCAGUUCUAAACUGUUCUCCCUUGGCGUCCAUUGAGAGUCAUCUCUUUUUGAUCCAGUGUUACUACAGGAGGAAACCUAAACUAAACUAACUCUAUACUGGAUAGCUCUGUCAAUUCUAAACUGUUCUUCCUAGAGGUCCAGUAAGGAUCAUCUCGUAUUGAUCCAGUGUUACAGGAGGAAACCUAAACUAAACCAACUUUAUUUAUAUUGGAUAGCUCUAUCAGUUCUAAACUGUUCUCCCUAGAAAUCCAUUAAGGAUCAUCUCUUAUUGAUCCAGUGUUACUACAGGAGGAAACCUAAACUAAACUAACUUUAUUUAUACUGGAUAGCCCCAUCAGUUCUAAACUAUUCUCCCUAAAGGUCCAGUAAGGAUCAUCUCUUAUUCAUCCAGUGUUACUGCAGGGGGAAACCUAAACUAAACUAACUUUAUUUAUACUGGAUAGCUCUACCAGUUCUAAACUGUUCUUCCUAGAGUUCCAGUAAGGGCCUUACCGUAUUACUUUAAUGUUACUACAGGUAGACCCCGCAGAACUCGGGCGUUCCGGGGGAAAAAAUCUGAUAUUUGGUAUAGUCAAACUGGAAGCACUCUUCUCAAAUGCGACUUGAGGUGAAAUUAUAAUCAGACAACUGUAUAGUGCAGCAAAUGAACCCGGGUCACAGAGAUCAAAGACUCGUGUGUAUUAACCAUUGUGUCAUGAAUUUUACUUAGGCAUAAUGUUGUUGGAGAAACAAAUUUUGCGAAUAUCUGAAGACCCUGGGGAGCGUCCAACGAAGAGACAGAGAACUAGUGCCAGUCCAUCUCGUGAGACCACGACAACAUGGAUUGAGUUGUCCAAGUAAGAUGUAGAAUAUUACACACGAGUAUGGGUGUUUUUUCUAGUGAUUUGGAAACAGCAAAAAAUCGUGUUGAGAAACGUGUUUGCUAAGGCAUAUUUUGAUGUUUUUUUUAAAAUCACUAUUUUGAACGACUUCGAAUGUGUGAUAAAAACGAACUGGUAUCUAAAAAUUGAACGAGAAAUUUGACUUAUUUGUACGGUUGCUUCUGAGGAACGCUAACAAAAGAAUAUCAUUAUCAGCCUCGAACAUGGCCGUGGUAAUCUUUGUCUUUGCUCAUUAAUUGUUAAUGAGUUCAAGAAAUUUAUUAGAAUGAAAAACUUUGUAUAAAUCAGAAAUAACAAAAGAUUACGUUACGUUACCUAUACUGAAAUUAAAAUAAUUAUUACUGUGGCAUUAGAUUUUAUAUAAUAAUUAAUAUCUUUUUGGUAGGCUGUACAAGUCUAUUGAGGAUUUUGAUGUACUUCGAGGGAUAUUUAGCAGCCAGAUUGGUACCCAGGCUAUCACGAGACAGGCACUUGAGGCUGAAGGCAGAGGAGAUUACACGAAGGCACUUAAGCUGUACUCCCAAGUAAGCAUUACUAUUAAGCUUGGGCCUUGUUAUAGUAUCAAUAUUGAUAUUGCAAACGUAGCUGUCGUAGUAAUCUAGCUAAUAUUUUACGGUAAACUGUCGUGGUUCGUGUCUGAACUACCUGAAAAAGAUAUCUCAAACAUGGUGGUCCAGUGUAGGUAAUACUCUACAAUAAGCUGUCGUGGUUUGUGUCUGAACUACCUGGAAAAGAUAUCUCAAACUUGAUGGUUCACUGUAGGUAGUAUUCUACAAUAAGCUGUCGUGGUUUGUGUCUGAACUACCUGAAAAAGCUCUCAAACAUGGUAGUCCAGUGUAGGUAUUAUUCUACAAUAAGCUGCCGUGGUUUGUGUCUGAACUACCUGAAAAAGAUAUCUCAAACGCGGUGGUCCAGUGUGGGUAGUAUAAGCUGUCGUGGUUUGUGUCUGAACUUUCUGAAAAAACACUUUAAUGUUUCGGGCGGAGAUCGUUUGUUGGCAGUUGCUACCGAUCGUUUUUUGCUACCGAUCGUUCAGACACAAGCCACGUUAGUUCAACAGUGAAAAUUAUUGCUUUAGUUUGAUUCAUACACAUGCAGUAAAGUAAUUUUGAUUCGUUUCCAGUCGUCAGAAGGUGAUGCUUUACAAGUUGAAGUGGACCUCUGGGAUGACUCAAUAUUAGAAGUAAGUUCAUGAUUGCGAGAUAUUAAACUACAAUUUAAAUGUCGAAAUGUGCCAGGUCGAACUUAGGCCUAACAAAAAUAUUUCGUGUGGUUCCAGUUUCCCGACCGACUUGCGAAAUAAUUUCAGCUUUAGGGCUCGGUUUAUACUUGGAAAACUAAUUUUAAAUAGAGUCUCGUUUUAUUUUGUUGUUUCGUCAGUGCUGUAAACGUCUAACACUUUGGGAUAAAAUGGAAGAAUCUUGCUUGGUGGAUGUUGAUGAGAAAGAUGGCGUCGUAGAUCUUGAUCAAAUGUGGAGAGAUGAAUAUUUCAAGGUGAGAAUUCCUAUUUCAAGUAAUGUAUAAUGAGCGAGAAAGCGUUUAUUACCAGCGUAUAUAAAACACCGAAAGUUGUCGGUUGAAAAAUGCCGAGUUUUUUUACGAUAUUCUCACUGGGAGUUUUCUCUCACAAUACCAUAUAAUUUGAAAAUUUAUGCAUGAGAUGAUUAGUUGGUCAUCCAUAUAUACCAUGAGAUUGUCAGACAGUAUAAAAGUGGCACAAAAUCGGUAUUUUUGAGCAUUUGCCACCGAAAAGGAAGAACAUCCCCUUGACUGCGACACUUCUGGAGCUAGCUUCGCCGUAGUGUACCUUUGGCUAAAAAUUAUUUAUCCCCAAUCUUAAUAUUCUUUCAGUUAAAGGUAUUGUGCGGGAGAAGCGAGCAGUGACAAUAUAUAACUAUUCUUUGAGCUGUUCUAUACGCCGGUAUAAUAAACAGCUUUCGAGUUUGUUAUAUUAUUUCUCAAACAUUCUUGUAUUUACAGAAAUAUUCAGAGCAAUAGUUGAGUUAAUUUAUGGGCGUUUAUUACUGUGCAUGUAUUAAGAGAACGAUACCGUGCUGGUUUCCUUCGUGUUUCGCUUUUAUAAAUGAUUUGAGAUUUUAUUUUUAGGAACACUAUCUGCCUUUUCUUCUUCGUUCCAAGACGAAACAGUUCUGUUCUGGAAAACAUGAUGAUCAGUUUCUCAAUUUUAUUUCCAACUCUUUGAAAGACGAACAACAAAAAGCUUACCUUGAGGUAAUUUUACCGAUUGAAUAGCCAAACGAACCAAAAUAUAAUUGCUGUGUCUAUAUUCAUAUUUUAAAACCCUACGAUAAAACGUUGAUGAGAGUUGAGAGAAGAGAGAGUUUGCAUGAGAGUUGAGAACUCACAUGCCCCGGUCAAACGAGAACAAGAGUUUGCAUGAGAGUUGAUGAGAGUUGAUUGGAUAUUACCGCGCGCGUAGCGAAAACUCUCAUCAACUCUCAUCAAAAUUUGAACCAGUUGAAAGUUGACGAGAGUCGAUAAGAAUUGACGAUCAAAUGUGAACGACAGUUUACUGGGACGUAACGCGUAUAUUUCAAAAUUUAGACCAGGAAUGAUAUCAUUUUCCUUUUACAGAACAAAUUCAGCGACAUAUUGGCAUUAUUGUUUAUACUUCAAGACGAUUACGACAGGGCAAGGUAUUACACUGGUUCUUGUCUACAGACCUUUCUAGAGGUAAGAUAUUAUUGAAUCAACUAUUCGUUGUUGUUUCUUAAUCUAAACUAACAUUAUAGGCCCUACUAGAUAGCUGUAUCUGUUUUAAACUGUUCUUCCCAGAGGGCUAGUGAGAUAUAUCCCUUAUUGAUCCAAUUUUACAACAGGAGGAAAUCGGAGUGUGAUUUAACAAAUAGAUAAGGGCUAUUUCUACAGUAGCAUUCCUUUGCUGUAAUGUCUAGGAUUGGUCAGGGCUGGACUCGAUGAUGACUUCCAGUCGUUCAGCGCAACUGCAGUCACUUCAAGCUCUGACUGAAAUGCAAGAAUUUCUGGAUUUUAUCAGCAAUGAAGGUGGGAUAUAUCAGAACAUUUAGGGACUCGACUCAUUCACUGUAUUAUACUGAUUCUCCCGCUUUUGUAUUCGAAUAUAUAUUGUUUCGUAUGAUAUUGCUUGAAAUGUUUCAGGGAAUUUUUCAACGACUUCGUCAACCACGUCGCUGUUAAAGAGAUGGUCGUCACGUGAACCGGACCCUAAACUGCAUUCUGUGGAUAUUUGGGAUGAUGUUAUGACAAAUAGGUAUACUUGAUGUAUGUUACUGUACACAUUAUGUCAUUAGAGAGGUUCAGAUUUGACUUCACUACCACUACCUCUGACUGGUUUAGUACGUAUCUGAUUGGUUAAUGGGAUAUAUCAAACGCAUCUGAUUGGUUAAUGGGAUAUAUCAAACGCAUCUGAUUGGUUAAUGGGAUAUAUCAAACGCAUCUGAUUGGUUAAUCGGAUAUAUCAAACGCAUCUGAUUGGUUAAUCGGAUAUAUCAAACGCAUCUGAUUGGUUAAUCGGAUAUAUCAAACGCAUCUGAUUGGUUAAUGGGAUAUAUCAAAUGCAUCUGAUUGGUUAAUGGAAUAUAUCAAACGCAUCCGAUUGGUUAGUGGUCCCUUAAUAGUAGCGGUAGUCGACAUCAAAUCUGAACCUCAAAGAUUAUGGAAGAAAAAUUAUAUGUGUUAAUAUAUGUGUUAGUGAGGUGUAUUAUCUACGAUUUCAUUAGAACAUUCCAGAUGAGCCCACGGAUGAUAGUCCCUAUUCUUUAUCCUUUUCAGAUCCGUGUAUCUUGACAAGAUCUUACUGAAGUUCAACAAGUCUUCACAACUUCUCAAUAGGUAUAAAUAUUAUACUAUAGAUGGGCAAUUCCUAUCUUUUAAGGUAUCUGGUUGUUCUCAAAGCUUGACUUAGUAAUAUCCCCCCCCCGUCUGUCGCCACAUUACAUGUCUUAAUUCUAUUCCUGACUGAGACCCAAAAGGCUUUCAGUAAAAAGGCUUUUAGUCCGUUCAUUUCUCCGUUAUUUGUUCGUUUCUCUUACAUUCUUUCUUCAUGAUUUUUGCAGUGAGGACUCAAUGGAUUGUUCUAUCAACACAGAGCAACUGGAAAAUAAUUUUAUGAAAAAGCGAGUUAUGUUUAGUUUAAGGCUUGCCGAAGUUGCCACUGGACAGGUAGUUUCCUUCUAAUGUAUCUUUCAUUCACAUUUGACGUAAAAAUUGAGUUAACUUUGUUCAUGAGAAUAAGUAGACUUCACUAAGCCGACACGUCCAGCAGAUGGGAUCUUGAUCCCAUCUUGAUCAACUUUUUCACUCUCAAAGUUUCCGGAUAUGAUGUCAUUAGGUGAAAUUUUGGUACAAAAAACAAAGGAAAACUAAUUUGCAAUUCACCUAAUGACAUCAUAUCCAGAAACUUUGACAGUGAAAAAGUUGAUCAAGAUGGGAUUUUUUAUUAUAAAGAUAUAUUACAUUUCUUCUUCGAAUGACCUAAGUAUUACACAUACAAAAAAAAAUCAUAUUUGUGGUUAGUCCCACUUUAAACUAUUUGCUUUAAUACCACCAAAUACAAGACUACCACAUAUAAUGAAAAGAAUGAAACAUUAUUUUCUCACUCUGAUAACUGCAGGUUCACCACCAUCUGCUGCGCGAUACUGCUUAGUGUAACCCACCUAUAACAACUCUGUAUUCAACAUAAUUUUUUUAUCUUUUAGGUAAAUUUUCCAGUUGCAAAGAGACAGUUACAAAAUUCCUUACAUCUGAUCAGAGAUCGUUUAAAGAAUGAUCGCGAGCUGGAAAUAUUGUGGACUCAUACGUACAGUGACCUCAACUGCAAGAAAUGUCUUAUUCUGGCGCCAUUAGAAGCCAUUGAUACUGCGAUUUCUGCUAUAGAGCAACUUGGUAUGAUGUAGUGUGGUACGGUGAUAUGGAUGAUGUGGUAUGGUAUGGUAUGGUAUGGUAUGGUAUGGUGUGGUAUGGUAUGGUAUGGUAUGGUAUGGUAUGGUAUGGUAUGGUAUGGUAUGGUAUGGUAUGGGUGGUAUGGUAUGGUAUGGUAUGGUAUGGUAUGGUCAGGGGUGGAAAAAAUAGGCGAGCACGCGAGCACUGCUCGCAGGAAAUGUUUUAACUGUUUAAAAACAGCUGCAAUUAGUUUGAUUGAAGAUUUGCUAUUGAAAAUUUGAAGGAAACCUUAACACCCAUGUCCUACUAUGGGCGCAACAACAUCUGGUUGACAGACAUUAUUCCUUGAAUUUAAAACAAUGGUCAGCUAGAACACUAUAUGUUUAUGCACAUGUAGAUUUAGCACAAAAAUACUCCGUUGGUCUGCAGGAAAUUUUUGUCUCCAGGUUGUGCUCCCAGGAAGAAAAUAAUUUUUUCCUGGUAUGGUAUGGUAUGGUAUGGUAUGGUUUUGUAUAUGAAAGGUGUGGUGAGGGGUGGUAUGAUAUGAUGUUAUAUGGUUUAGAGUUGUAUGGUAUGGUAUGGUAUGGUAUGGUAUGGUAUGGUUUUGUAUAUGAAAGGUGUGGUGAGGGGUGGUAUGAUAUGGUGUUAUAUGGUUUAGAGUUGUAUGGUAUGGUAUGGUAUGGUAUGAUAUGGUAUGGUAUGGUAUGGUAUGGUAUGGUAUGGUAUGGUAUGGUAUGGUAUGAUAUGGUAUGGUAUAGUGUGGUUUAGUUUAGUGUAUAUAAAAUUUGAACAAAUUUUCGAUAGUUUUAACCGAAAUCAUUGUCUUGUUAGACAAAGUAAAAGACAUUAAACUACUCCAAGAAGACUUGUCUACUGGAGUGAGACAUCACUUACUGAAGAGCAGCAGUCUUGAUACCAUCACAAACGUUUUAGGAAUAAAUGGUUUGUUGGUUUAUUGAAUACCUUGUGUUUGUUAAAUUUUAAAACCAAAAUUAUGGGCCUGAUUAGGUCUUAAGUUUUCACAAAAUAUAUCGAAAUGUAUAAAGCAUUAAUUUAGGUAGUCUAACACUCUGGCCUAUGUUAGGACAAAAUAACACUCAGGUCAGACCAAGGCUCGCAUUGUAUGCAGGACUUUUAUUGCUAUAGGGACAUGGGAUUCUUUGGACAGUAGUUUGAAAGAAAAAUUACGUGCUCUGUAUUUUGGAAAACAAGCUGAUCAGUUAGAUAAGGUAAGGAUGCAAUGAUUUAUCAAGCCUUCGUACAACCGUCGUCAGUAUGGCCGGUAAUAGCAAUACAAUGAGUUCAGUGCAUGGUUUGACCAUUUUAAUAUACGAGCUGAGAAAAGUUACGAGGAUGUUUGUUUGUAUGUAAAAUAUUAAAGAUAUGAGAAAAUCGAGGAAAAAGAUUACAUUAUGUACAAUUGGAUCAUGUUUUUCUUCAUUUUUUUUGCAGGUGAUCAGCCAAAUAGCAACUAAAUCGUUCACCACUCUACAAUUGGCAGUGAAAAUCGCUCAAAGCAAUGAAAACAACCUCAAGACUUCAGAUUCUAGGUAAAGUAACUUUCUUUUUUAGUCUCUUAAAAACGCUGUUCUAAACCACAUUUUUGAAUAACGUGCCUACUCUAGCCUAUGCCUGCUGUGGCCUGUGCCUGCUCUUACUGUUCUAGGUUGUCGGUGACCCUAUACAGUUCUUGCAGUGUCUUUUUCAAUUUGAAACUUUACACUAUCCUUGGAUCCCUAGUCUCGUUUUGUUUUCUUGAGCUUAUUGUUUCCACUCGACAACAAUUUUCUAUUUAUUUCCGAAAUGUAUAGAAAGAAAUUGGUGACAAGUUUAAUGACAAUGACGAACUUUUGCGAUAGAUUACUGAGAUUGAAGGAGGAAGGUAUACUCGUCUAUUAAUCUAAAUUUAACUUUGACCCACUAAAGAUAUUGGUUAAAGUUUAGUCAUUAAUGGAGGAUGAUUAUGCUUCAAAUAAUUUCAACUCUUUUUGCUUUUUUAGACAACGAACAAACACCGAAAUUAGAUAUGAAGGUAACGUGGAGUUUUUUCAAUCAUUCAGUCUUGUUUCCGAGGUUGUCGCGAUCGUAUCAAAGUGGUUAAAUGUGAAGACCCGUUUACAUCGUGCAAUUUUUGCUUGCGAUUUCUUUCUUGUGAUGCCUCAGAUGAGGGUACAUGUGCUCAGAACAUUUAUAACUCAUCUACUCGUUCACAUGUAUCAGAAGAAAGAAAUCGCAAGCAAAAGUGCAUACGAGCCUUAAGUACUAUUUAAAACACGAGUACGAGUGUUUUAUCAGAUAUAAAACGCGAGACGCAGCCUAGCGUUUUAUAUCUGAUAAAACACGACAACGAGUGUUUUGAGUAGCUUAAAAUACGUCUAUACAAAUUAAAUGCCAGAACUCCCUUUUCAAAUGCCAGAACUCACUUUUCAAAGACAGAACUACCUUUUCAAAUGCCAGAACUAUCCUUUCAAACGCCAUAACUCCCUUUACAAAUGCCAGAACUUGGUUUUCAAAUGCCAGAACUCCCUUUACAAAUGCCAGAACUUGGUUUUCAAAUGCCAGAACUACCUUUUCAAACGCCAAAACGCCCGUUUUCAAAUGCCAGAACUUGGUUUUCAAACGCCAGAACUCCCUUUACAAAUGACAGAACUUGGAUUUCAAACGCCAGAACUCCGUUUUCAAACGCCAGAACUCCCUUUACAAGACCUCACCAUAUUUCCAACUUGCUUAUUGUAGAUGUUUCCAGGUAUUGUGAUACGCUACGUGCUGAAAUCCAUGUCGUAUGAAUCUACUGAAGCUCGUCAAAAAUUUCCAAGACUUUUACAGCUUGUAGAAUUACACCCCGGCAGUGAUGUCGAGGCUUUUAAAAGAAAGGUAACUGAAUUUGUCGAUAGUCUAAUAGUAGUGUGCACUUUGCAUGUUCUGACACAACAUUUUAAUUAUAGUGAUAAAAUUAAUUAUAGUGAUAGUCCUUACUGGAUCUCUAGGAAGAACAGUUUAGAACUGAUAGAGCUAACCAGUAUAAAUAACGUUAGUUUAGUUUAGAAACUGUAGUAACACUGGGGCAAUAAGAGAUGGUCCUUACUGGACCUCUAAUUAUAUUCUAUAUUCUGUUUCUAUUUUUGCCAGAGUUCAGAUGUUCCUUGCUGGAUGUUUAUAAGUUGGAUCAAUCAGAUGGUGGCACUUCUUGAUAAGAGGGAAUCUCGGGCUGUUCACGGGAUAUUGGAGGAUCUCGCAAAACAUUAUCCUCAGGUAUAGUUAAAAAAAGGAUCGGGAAUAGUUUUAGACUGAGAAAUGGAUGUAUUUAAAUUUUUGUCAUUUAUAUGGAAAUUGAGUCAAUAUUUUUUUUAUAUGUUCAGGCGCUUCUUUAUCCAUUAAAAAUCAGCAGAGAACAGUUUAAAUUUGGCGGCUCGAUUGAGGAACAGGAAAACAAACAGUUUGUAGAGAGGUUGGUCAUGAUGAAAUAUACAUGUUGAUGUGUAUCCUGCAGAGAUGGAUUACGUUGUGGGGAGGGGGGGGGGAGUUGAAGGGCUAACAGUAAUCUAAGUUCUCCCCACCCUUAGACCAGCUAGACUCUUGGAACGUGUCUGAGACUCUUACCUCGAAGCACUGCCGUAGCUCUCGCAGUACUGAUCCGCCCUACCUUGGUUGACAGACAGCUUGCGCUUCGCUCCAUUGUCAGCGCCUGUUAAACACCCCGACAGAUUAUGUUGGACCCAUCAUUGUAUUUUGUGCAUGUCAUAUCUGAAUUACUACUAACAUCGUCAAAUCUUCUCUCCAAGGUUGAAUGGAACUUUAUCUUUCCCAAUGUUGGAUGAUUUGAUAAUUGCCUUGGAACAACUGACCAAUCCUGAUAUGGUAUUUAAGGUAUUAAAACCUAAACUAUGAACUAUACUAACUUCAGUUUAACUGGAUAGCCCUAUCGAGGGCUUAGCUGGUCCAGUGUUACUACGGGAAAAAACUGGAGUAUCUGACGAAAAUCUGCAGAGUUUGGUAAAGUUAGCCAGGCAAGGGAAAUCAGAUAACUUCUUAUUGCAGGAAUAGAUACCUGGUUGCCAAAGUACACAUACAACAACGUAUGUGCCACGAACUGUGACAAUUUUUGAUUACUGUAUUUUUACUGCAGGAUUGGAUAGAGGAAAUCAAAGUGUUGUUGGCCUCAAAAGGCAACGAAAGCAGAAUUCGCGAAUCCUACAAACAAAUGUUUAAGAAGCUUCUUGAUAAGAAAGGAACAAAGUCUGACGGUAUUGACAUGGGAUUAAUACGGCGCAAAUUUGCUCAGGUAUU